ACAGUGACAGCCUCAGGCGAUACCAUACAAGUUAAAAGCUGCAGCUGCCUCCACCACCUCCACUUGGUUGCACCGUCAACAUCUUUGGGCCGCCAGUCAACACCAACAACUUCAACCUCCAAUCUUCAUCCUCAAGUAGAACCAGCAUUCAUCAUUGCUGGCAACCGCAAUCAUGGUACCCAUUCCCCCUCCACUCCAAUUAUAUACACCCCAAACUAACCUCUCCAGGCGCGAAAUUCCGAAAAAGCGCAAUCGAUGCUCUUCCGUUUCCGCGAAGCCCAAGCAGCGGACCUCGGAAUCAUCGAUGCAGGACGAACUCGUCGUCCGAAGAUGAUCACAGAAGUGACAUCGAUCCCCACCUGUGAAAAAUGGCGCGGCCAGGUUCUCAAGGAAAUCUCCCGAAAAGUUAGCAGGAUCCAAGAAUCUUCUCUGAGUGAUUUCAUGAUUCGCGAUUUGAAUGAUGAGAUCAAUAAGGCGAUGCGGGAGAAGCAUAUGUGGGAGGUGCAGAUUAGAAAUCUGGGCGGGCCAAAUUAUAUGAGGGGUGGUGGGAAAGUUUAUGAUGAGGAGGGCAGGGAGAUUCCAGGAGGUGGGAAGGGAUAUAGGUAUGUGUUGUGAAUGUUGUUUGGGUAGAGGAUCUGCUAAAGUUUGGCAUAGAUAUUUUGGAAGAGCGAAAGAACUUCCUGGAGUAAAAGAGAUGUUUGAAGCUGCCACUGCGAACCCCCGGGAAGAUAAGCCUUUAGAUGCGAGAUCAGACCUGCGGAAACAGGUGGAUGCAUCGUAUUACGGCUACAAUCUGGACGAAGAAGAUGGAACUCUCUUGGAUUAUGAACUAUUGAAGGAGAAGGAAGCCUUCGAAAACCUGCUCGCUGGAAAGGAUGGCCAGGCUCCUAAGGGUUGGGAACCGUUACCAGGCGAUGCUGGAGAUGGAGAGGCUUGGAGGCUGCCUACGCCCGACGAGGUGCAGGAGGAGCUUGUGGAGAGGAGACGACGCAGGUUGCUUGAUAAAUUGGGUUAA